AAACAACUACACUGACACAAGCAUACAAAGGAGAAAAUGUUGCUUGUGGUCCUCAACCCCCCCCCCCCCUUUCUUUUCCUUCUUUCCUCAAUAUUUUGCUCACAGUAUUUCAUCAGCACUCCAUUAUAUAUAUCUCUUUCUUCUGCUGCGGCAACGGAAGCUAUAGGUUUCAGAAGAACGAGUGGUUUUGAAAGCAAAUAUGAAUAAGGAUUUCAUGGCUGAAGAUGUUGACAAUGACAUGGAGGAAGAAGGAGGAGGAGAAGAAGAAGAAGAGGGUGCUGUUUAUCAUGGUGUUCAAGAUGAUGAAAAGAAGAAGAAAGCAUCUGGAAGGAGAGGGUCUAGUGGUGGUGUUGGUGGGGUGUUGCCACCUUCUUGUCAAGUGGAAAAAUGUGGGGUCGAUUUAUCGGUGGCCAAGAGAUACCACCGGCGCCAUAAGGUGUGUGAGAUUCAUGCUAAGGCGCCGAUUGUGGUUGUUGCUGGGAUCAGGCAACGAUUCUGUCAGCAAUGCAGCAGGUUCCAUGAGCUAUCAGAGUUUGAUGAAGCAAAAAGGAGCUGCCGUAGUCGUUUGGCCGGACACAACGAACGGCGUAGGAAGAGCUCAGCUGAAUCAUCCGCAGAAGGUUCAAGUCGCAAGGGAACAAGUCCACAGUUAAAAGAGGGUCAUUGCAGGCAGGUUGAUGAUCAAAGAGCCAGAGUUCCAAUAACAAUCCCUGGAAAUUCCUCUUUUAAACGUUCCCAUAUCAGAUAGGGAGCUUAAGCACCAACGCUCCCUCUCUUCUGUCAUCCAAUGGCUCAAGACUUGCACUAUGUAGUAGUUACUUACAAUACUAUAAUGGAGGAUUUAAUAACAAUGGCUUGUACUGGACUCUAUGCUUUCUGUACUGAUAACCCUUCUAUCUAUGGAGUUCUCUAUUGUAUCAAUGGUGAACACAACAAUCUGUAGGAUACAUCUGAAUCUUCAUUUAGUUCAUUUAAAUAGCUUCAGUACAUUUUUGGUUAUGUAUGAGAAAGCUUCUGAUAUGACAAAAUAUGCAUAACAAAGUGUGCUUGCACAUUAUUUGAAAAGCCAAUGCCACUCUAAAAUGUUACAACAAUGCAGGAAAUGUCAUCCGUACUGUUCCUCAUAACAGCUUCAUCGGUUAGGAGCUUUGCUGCGGACCAAGCAUCCUUAACGUUCCUGAUAGCAUCGACCGCUUCUUGGUUCGUCA